AUGCAUACCACAACCAUCGCCACAGUCGCCGCCGGCUUUGUAGGCCUCGCCUCCGCAGGGGCCGCACCCAAUGGAGCCAACGCCGAGAUCGUAAUUAACGCCGGCACCCUCAACACCACCGUUCUCAUCCCCAUCGGAUCUGUCUACACCUCAGAAAGCAACCUGACCGCGGUGUCGACGCUGUACCUGACGGGCGCGUCCCCCGUGCCCGUCGAGAGCGUCACCUGCACGCCCUACCAGUCGACCGACGGCACCGGCACUUCCGGGCUGCCCUUCACCGUGGAAUCCCCCUCGUUCCUGUCGACCAACACCGUCCAGGUCGGCAGCAUUCUGUGCGAGUCGACCGAAAGCAGUGACACUUCGUCGUCAUCGCCAUCGUCGUCCCUCGCCCAGACCUUCGUCUCGCUCACUACCACUGCUACUCCCGUUCUCGCCACUACGGUUGUGUCAGGCGUGACCAUCACCACUUCGACUACUCCGAGUGCGCCCAAGGCGGGUACCAACGGGAGUGCCACUGCCCCGGGCGGAGGUGCGGCUGCGACUGCGACGCCGUCCACCACGGCACCGGCUGGCAGUCGCGCUAUGAGCGUUGCCAGUGCUCCGUACUUUAUGGCGGCUCUCAUGUUCGGAGCAGUCAGUUUGGUUUUCAGCCUGUAG